UUGUGCUUUCUCUUUUUUCGCUCUUUAUGUUGAUAUGACACAAUAUUGAUGAUAAUCAUGAUACCAUUGAUAACUGAUGAUAUCCUCAAUGUUUCUCAAAUGUAAACCAUUUGUAUUAUUGUAUAGUCCCUUCAAAAUAGGUCGGCGUGUGUAGGAAAUCAGAAACUAAUUCAUAUGUAACCUAAUUUAAAAUUACAUUUUAUAAAAUGUUAGAACCAGCCAUUCAAGCACUUUCUGCAGGUAGAAUUAUUUUGGCUAGCAGUUCACCCAGGCGUCAGGAAAUUAUUCAGAAAUUGGGUUUUAAAGUGGAAAUUGUUCCAUCUUUUUACAAUGAAAAUUUGGAUAGGUCCAAAUAUAAUAGCCACAGCGACUAUAUUCAAGAUUUGGCUAGGUUCAAAGUCUUGGAUGUAUUUGAGCGAUUAGAAAAAGAGAAAACGCCUCCAGAACUAAUCAUUGGAGCCGAUACUCUAGUCACUUUAGGAGAUGUAAUUUACGGCAAACCAAAAGAUGAGCAGGAUGCUUUUAAAAUGUUGUCUUGCCUAAAUAAUAAAACGCACACUGUUUACACGGGCGUAUGUCUGAAAACUAGAAAAACUGAGAUAAAAUUUUAUGAAUCAGCUGAAGUCAAGUUCGGAGAUCUUUCAGAAGAUCAGAUUAAAGCUUAUAUUCGUACUGGAGAACCCUUAGACAAAGCCGGAGGAUACGGAAUUCAAGGGUUAGGAGGCUGCUUAGUAGAGAAAAUAAAUGGCGAUUUUUACACUGUAAUGGGAAUGCCAUUGUACUCUACGGUAAAGCACUUGAAUAAAUUAUCAUCAGAGUUAUGAUAACUUAAGACCAAUGCUAUCUUGAUAGAAGCAGGAAAAUGAUUUGAAUAAAUAGUUUCUUUUUUUACGAUUGUAAAA